GCGUCCUGUCAGCGUGACUCUAUGGGGAAGAGGGGGUGGGGGCUCGAUAGUUUUGAUAGAAAUACCCCAAGUUCAUACAUAAGCUGUAAACACAACGACUAAAAAUGAGCUCACCUGACAUGAAGACCAUCGCUGUGAUCGGCAGUGGACUGAUCGGCCGUUCCUGGGCCAUGGUGUUUGUCAGUGGAGGCUACACCGUGAAGAUCUUUGACAACCAACCAGGACAGUCUGCGAAUGCCAUCACAGAGAUCAAGAAGCAGAUGGAGGAGCUGGAAGGAGCUCGGAUGCUGCGAGGGAAACUAACGGCCGCUCAGCAGAUUCAGCUUCUCAGCAGCUACGACGACCUGGCUCAGGCACUAGAGGGCGCCUUCUUCGUCCAGGAGUGUAUAUUUGAGCAGCUGGAGGUCAAGCAGACCGUCUUCCAGGACAUCGAGCGUCUUGUGGGAGAAGGCGUCAUCCUGAGCAGCUCCACCUCCUGCCUGGUGCCGAGCAACGUCUUUUCUAAAGUGCAGAAGAGGAGUCGCUGCAUCGUCUCCCAUCCGGUGAACCCACCUUACUACGUCAAACUGGUGGAGCUGGUUCCUCACCCAGAGACAGCAGCGGACGUCAUGGACACCACCCACGCCCUGAUGACCAAGGUUGGUCAGGCACCUGUCCGUCUGAAAAAGGAGAUUGACGGUUUUGCCCUCAACAGAGUCCAGGCGGCCAUUAUCGCCGAGUCAUGGAGGCUGGUCCAGGACGGCAUUAUCUCAGUGAGAGACAUCGACCUGGUGAUGUCAGAGGGACUAGGAAUGCGUUACGCCUUCAUAGGUCCCAUGGAAACAAUGCACCUCAAUGCACCUGAAGGUUUGGAAGACUACAUGAAGCGAUACGGGGAGGGCAUCAGGAGGGUGUUGACUUCCUUCGGGCCUGUUCCUGACUUCUUCGGUGAAGGAUCUAAGAGCAUCAUUAACGAGAUGUGUGAACUGAUUCCCAGCGACCAGCAGCAUCUGACGGCCAGGAAGGAGAGGAGAGACCAGCUCCUCAUGCAUCUGGCCAAGCUGAAGAAGGACGAUUAACACCUUCAAGAGAAACACCUCAAAUCAAAGAACAAAUCAAACUGUGACUUCUGACUAAAUCUGAUACGAUUUAAGCAGACAACACCUGUCAUUUAGUAGAGAUUUUACAAAAAUUAACCUUUAUACACUCAGAGUGCGUUUUAUGGAUGGAUUUUUCCUGAGUCUACUGAACAUUUUAUCUUCUCAUCUCGGUUACAACACCGACCGAGCUCAAAUGUGACAAAAAAACAUUCACCGUGUUCUCCAGCAUUAACGGUCUCCUGUGUAAACGAAUUACAUGUUUUUGAUUAAUAAAAACAAUGAAGUCAUGCGCUUA